UAACCCACCUGAUUGGGCUUAAUGCUGUAGUUUAGUUUUACUACUACAGAGAUGUUAGUUUACGGCAUCUGUCAGUGUUUGUCUCCUCAAAUCCUUGGUGUUGUUAACGUGCGAGUUACAUCUCGUCGCUGUCCAAAAGAACAAGCAUCUCAGUUCAGGUUCAUCUUUCCACAUCAUUACGUCAGCUGACUUUUAAGUUGCGAGAAGAUGUCAUGACGAGUGGACCAACAAAAAUGCUUAAUGGUUUGGAAUAAAGUUCCUUAUUAACUUACGCUGAAAGCAAUUAAAGUGUUUGCCUUCCCCUUUAAAGUUACCAUUUGGAGAUACUUGUUUUUGUUUGGACAGCCAUAUUCGUGUUGUAUGGGCUCUUUCAUUGGAUUCCUCUUCUUCACAUCAUGAAUCUCAAUGGAGUAAGACUGUGAAGAAGAAAAUCAAGUGGUGGGGUGGAUCAGGAGUUAUCCAGAGGCACCUGAGGUCUGACUGUGGAUGCCAUGUUUGUGACUGCUUACCUUGCGUUUGUGGCCCUGGCGGUCCUGUGUGUGGGUCUGGAGCUCGCUGCACGGCGCCUCACUUCACCACAAGCCACUCAAGCAACAGUUGCCAACCCAGCUUUCCGCCGGUUCCAGAGACUCUUUCUGAAAACCUACCUGCUGGCUCUGUGGGCUGACUGGCUGCAGGGGCCAUACCUUUACAAGCUCUACCGCCAUUACAGCUUCCUGGAAUCACAAAUCGCCAUACUGUACGUGUGUGGGCUGGCCUCCUGUGUGCUGUUUGCUCCUGUGGCCGGCUGGCUACCCCAGGCUCUUGGCCGGAGACAGACCUGCUUGCUCUUUUGUGUAGCCUAUUCAGUGUGCUGCCUCACCAAGCUGUCGCGAGACUACUUUGUGCUCAUUCUGGGCCGUGUGCUUGGUGGACUGUCCACUUCCCUGCUGACCACUGCGUUUGAGGCCUGGUAUGUGCACUGCCAUGUUGAUGUGCAUGAUUUUCCCAAAGAGUGGAUUCCUGUGACAUUCAGCAAAGCUGCAGACUGGAAUCAUGGACUGGCAGUGGGUGCCGGACUUGUGGCCAAUCUGUUCACAGAAUGGCUGGAGCUGGGACCUGUAGCCCCUUUCCUUCUUGCCAUCCCCAGCCUGGCUGCCUGUGGUUGGCUGGUGUUCUCUGAAUGGGGUGCAGAAGAUAAGCUUGAAAAAGGAGAGGGGGACAGAAAUGGCCCUCUGCUUGGCCCACCAAACACACCUCAGGUACGAGUAUCAGCUCAGGCUCGUUUCCUGCGCAGUUGCUUGGAAGGUCUGCGAUGCCUGCUGUCAGACCGCCGUGUGAUGCUUCUGGGUGGGGUGCAGGCACUCUUUGAAAGUGUCCUCUAUAUCUUUGUUUUUCUGUGGACCCCAGUGCUGGACCCUCACGGGCCUCCAUUAGGCAUUGUGUUCUCCUGCCUCAUGGCGGCCAGCAUGGCAGGCUCCAUGCUCUUCCGUCUAGCUACGUCAGCCCGUUACCGGCUGCAGCCUGGCCACCUGCUGUGCUUGGCUGUGCUGCUGGCCUUCUUCUCCUUCUUUAUGCUGACCUUUUCUACAGCACCAGGUCAGCCCAGGCCUAAGGAGUCCCUUUUAGCUUUCCUGCUACUGGAAUUGGCCUGUGGGCUCUACUUCCCUGCAGUGAGCUUCCUCCAGGGUCGGGUGAUUCCCAUGGAGCGUAGGGCCGGGGUCUUGGGCUGGUUCCGUCUGCCACUCCACCUGCUGGCCUGCUUGGGGUUGCUGGCCCUCCAUGGGGAAGUUUCAGGCACUGGAGGAGGAGAGGCAGGCAGUGGAACAAGGCACAUGUUUGCAGGGUGUGCUGCAAUGAUGCUGGCUGCAUUGCUGGCUGUGGUGAGUCUAUUCACUCUGGGGAGGAAUGACACAGACCUUCGGCUCGAAGGGACCAAAGGAGAGGGGGAGAUUUAAUGAGAAGGAAGACUAUAGAUAUCAUUAUCUAAAAUGAAGUACUUUGUACAACACGACUACUUGAAGUCCAAACAAUAUUUACAAAGUGCUGGACUAGAUAGCACUUGCCAAAGCUGCAUAUAAUUUUAAUUUGUUUGGUUACUUCAGGGAAGGUACUGGGAUCGUCAUUGCCUUUCAUACAUAUACAUACAAGUCCAGGUUUGUAAAUCAGUGACAAUGUGGGAAAUUCAACAUUUAUUGUUUAUGCCUUUUCCAUAUGGGAAAACAAUAAAACAUUAGUGCUGCACUGUUUAUUUACAUUGUGAGUUAUGACUCUUUUUAACUUACUUAAAUGUUUUCUGCUCAUUAUCAUACUAGUCCGUAGACCUUGCAGUGGAUUUGUCGGGCUUCAGAAAGUGUAUUCAAAUUCAGCAAUUUCCCAUGCUUCUCAUGGAAUUAAAAUACAUGGUAUGCAGUGCAAGGUCUUGUGUUUUCCAACCAAACACUGAAGUUACAUUACGUCACCGUUAGAUAAAACAUCUAACUUGCUUCUUCUCUAAACAAUAUUACUUCCUUUGUUUGGUUGUCUAAGAAUUAGGAAAUAUUGAAGUCAUGUGAGGUUAGAUUCAAAUUGUCUGACAUCCUUUGAUGCUUUUUUACCAUUUUUAAGAUGGUUAUUGUUUGACCAUGGUAUUCAGCAACCAUGAAAAUGGGAAGCCAUCUGACACAUUUUGAAUGUAUGAAAGAUGUAAUACUGAAUGUUUAACACUAGAUUUCUCAGGUACUUCAAGCAUGUGUCCAGUUGUGACUGUCAAGUAUUAAAUAACAUUUUGUUCAAUGAUCAUAAAUUAGGUAGCCAAAAUGAAUCAGUAGCUCAUUUGUUCCUGAAUCUGCUUUUCAAAGAUCCAACCCAACACUUGGAAAAUUCACUGGAGUGAAGACAGUGUAGUAGGUUUUUGUUAAAAAUGGCAAAAUUACCAAAUAGAAUGGGUGACCAUGUGUGCUGAAAUAUUCAUUUGCAAAUUGUGUGGCUUUGUAUUACCACCACCAACAACCAACUCUGGAUGCAGAACCCUGUUACUUUUUCAGUGUAUCACUGUUAAAGCAUUUGCUUUGGAAAUGCGGGCUGGUUUUGUAGUGACUGUAGGUGUUUUGCAGGUGUUUUUCAUUAUAAUUGUGCUUUUGCAAGUCCUUUUGAAACAGGGCAGAAAAAGAGACUGCAAAUACAGAUUUCUGUUAAGCGUUUUCAUUUAUUGUAAUUGAUGGCAACUGAACCAAUUAAGGCUUAUGAACAAACAUCGUAAAAAGCACCGUAAAUAAAUGCAUAUCAUAUAAAUAUAAAAAUAAAAAAUAAAAAUAAAACAUCUGUUGUGAACUAUAAUGGCCACAGUAACGUUCAGUAAUUGUUUGCUUCUUAGGAUUCUGUUCUGAGGGACACCUGUACUGUUGGUGGAGGCAUUGCAUGACAGUGAUUUACACUGUUUAAGAUGUUCUUAACAAAGCGCCUCGUUUUGUCAUUACAGACGUGAGUUGGGGGUACCUUUCCUCAGUUAUUUAUGGCUUAUAAGAUGGUAUAUGUUGCAUUCUUCGUACAGUGGUAGUGGUACGUUCCUCUGAACAUCUAACAAAAACAUUUCAUGACUACUCAGUUUUCAUUACAUCAAAAUUACUACUGAAUUUUAUCUAUUAGCUAUUUUUUAGAUUA